CAACUGAACAAAAAGGCCAGGAUAAUUCAUGAAGGGUGGUUUUGUGUUCUUAAUGUGCUGUUUUUCACAUUACAGCUUUGUAUGCCCUACAAAAAUAACUAAGUACUGACAUUGGGUGCCACUGAUGUGUGCAGAUGAAAGCAAUUUAACUGCAAGUGUUGACCAAGAUGAAUGGUAUGCAAUAGUGUUUCAGAACUUGUUAAAAGAACCUACACUUAAGCAGAGACUAAGAUGGAGAAGAACCUCAGACAAAGGUCGUGAUGCCUCUAAAACUUUAAAAAAAAAAAAAAAUCUGUAAAGAGCAGAAGGACCCCAAGUAGAGAGAAUUUAUUUCUUCUAAGAGGGUAGAAAAAGUGAGUUUGGAAAAUCCAUUCCACUCUCCCAGCAGUGGUGAGCUGGAAAUUUGUAUGAAAGGGAAGGCACAAAUUCCUUGUACCAUCUGUCCUCCCACCUCCCAAGAAAGAAAAACCCUGCUAUCCAAAGCAUGGGGUCUAAUCCACAGAUGGCUACUUACACAUUAAAACAUUGUACUUUGACCUUCAUAAAGGUUUAGCGAGUGAGGCAUGAUAGUAUCUGUCCUUGCAAACCCUUCAGAACAGGACAAAACAAGGGCAAGGCUGUGUGUGAUUUAAUAGGCGAGGACACUAACUUAUGGGGUUUUUCUCCUGUCUGCAGCUAAGCGGAGAUUAACAUGACCAAAACUGUUUAUUUUGGAAAGAAGAGUACAGGAGGGGAAUUCAGCACAGCAGAGAGAAGACUAGUUAGAUACUGCUAUUUUCACUAAAAGAACAAUGAAUCUCUAACACAACUGAAGACAACAAGCUUAAUUUGACAAAACAUUUCUAAUGUAUUGCCCACAAGAAUUAAUGGGAAAGCAAAAAUUAUUUAAAUAUGUUUCCUUAAUAUUUGCAAUUGCAAUACCUGAGCUAUCCUUGAGAUGGUGCAAAAGACAUGCUGCUGGCUGACUGCUGCUCUCAUUAAGGGACCAGAAGACAGAAAAAGGAAAGUGCUAAUUAUAUCCCUAUGCUUUUCAGUUUUAAGAGUUUGUUUUCUUUUCAAUUGUUUGGAACAAGUCUCUGAAAACUGGCAACCCCUUACAGCAAAAGUGCUGUAGCUAUUCUUAUUUGUCCCCAUUCUGGUUUUCCACACCACACCCCCCCCCCAAAUCUGCCACCUAAACUAUGGCACUAUGGCACUAUUUUGUUGACCUGUGAUUUAUGACUUUUUACAAACAAAUUGUAAAGUCUAGGAAUGAAGAAAUCCUGGAUGAAAGAAGCUGGAGAAAAAGCAUGUGUCAGAUUUUGAGUGAGAUAUUUUGAGUAGUAGUAAGAAGAAAGGAAAUUACUUGUUGAGCUUACUGAAGCAGCAACACGCUUUUAAAGAACUUGUGCUUAAUCCUUUAAAACAAAACUAAACCUUAUUUCUUUAUUAAAAUAAUGUAAAUAGUCAGCAAUAGCAAUUAUUCUUUCCAAGCCCUUUUACUGUGAUAAUACCCCAGUCCUUGCUAUCUUUCUGUAAUCUACAGACCCACCUGCAAACUUGUAAUUUACUGACUCCCUCAAAACUUCCGUCCCGUUUGUUGUCUCCAUCAUCAUCACCAUCCUGUUAUUUACAGCUGUAAUAACAGCCAGUAAAAUUGUCCCUUACCAGAAAAGCUUUCCUCCUUCUCACUCUGCCUUCAUUGGAUCCUGCUCUUUUGAACUGAUCAGAACAGACAAAUGUAGCCACCCACCUCUAGGAGGAAAACUGAGCUGCAGCCCUGGUGAAACAUAAAGUUUAUUUGACUAAAGUGACGCAAAAAUUCUUGAAGAGCUCUUUGGCAGCAGAUUAUCUGGAAAUCAGACCAUGUGAGGGGGAUUGGUGUACAAAAACCUCACCAAGAUGCUGAGUUGCCCACAGGCUGACUUCCCGAGAUUCUGAAGUAAAUGUGGGUGAAGGUUACUCGAGCUUGGAUAACACCAAGGAAAGCGCUUCAAACCCAUCUGAAAGACAGAAAUUGCCAGUAGAAGUCACAGGAUGAACUGAAAAUGAAAAUACAAGCCACACUAAACUCUGUCCUCAUUUUUGCAAACUGGGAGUCCCACAACCUCCCUGGUUGUGAAACCAGUGUUCAGAGGGAGAACGUGGUACCAGAAGACAGCAGGACUGUGUCUGCCUGUGAGUUGUCCAGCAAUGCACAAAGUCCAGCAAAUCUGCCUGAGAGGUUAUAAGCCAGAUGGUGUUUGUGCCUUCAAUCUGAUGGAUUUAAAUAUGGAAGAGGAAUUCUAAAAGUGUUGGGAAUACACUGGGAAUAAAAGCGUGGGAAGACAAGCCACAAGGGGACUCUGUGCUGCUGUCUGUCUGCAAGUGAUCAGAACAAAUCUUGGAAAAAAUGGAAAAAAAAGCAACAAGCAAUGAGACUGAGCCGCUGACUUCCAAGAAAGAUGUCUCAGACUGUAAUGAAGGAGAAGACUGUAAAGAGAACGGACUUCUGGUCAGGAACCCUAAAUCUGCCCUACGGCUAGUGGAGGAUGGCAAUAAAGUCCAUCCCAGCCAGGGAGAAAAAGGGGAGGCAGCUCAGAUCUCAAACGGUUAUUCAGGGGUUCAGAGCUCUGUUCCCUGCAAUGGAAUGGGAGAGGUGGAAGAUGCCCAGUGCACUGCCCCAGCAGCCACAACCACCACUACAACCACCACUUCUACCACCUGCGGAGCAGAAGGCCAGCAGCAGCUGAUGGAGCUAGAAGACAGAGAGACCUGGAGUAAAAAAAUUGACUUUCUACUCUCUGUCAUUGGAUAUGCAGUGGAUCUGGGAAAUGUGUGGAGAUUUCCCUAUAUAUGCUAUCAAAAUGGAGGAGGAGCAUUCCUCAUUCCUUACACAAUUAUGGCCAUCUUUGGAGGGAUUCCUCUCUUCUAUAUGGAACUAGCACUAGGACAGUACCACAGGAAUGGGUGUAUUUCAAUUUGGAGAAAAAUAUGUCCUAUAUUCAAAGGAAUUGGCUUUGCCAUCUGUAUAAUAGAUCUUUACGUAGCCUCCUACUACAACACCAUUAUGGCCUGGGCCUUUUACUACCUCGUAUCCUCCUUCACGGCGGAGCUGCCAUGGACUAGCUGCACAAAUGCUUGGAACACAGGCAACUGCACUAACUACUUCAGCAAGGACAAUGUCAGCUGGUCCCUGCACUCCAUCUCUCCCGCAGAAGAAUUUUAUACCCGCCAAGUUCUACAGGUGCACAGGUCCAAUGGGCUGGAUGACCUGGGGGGCAUUAGCUGGCAAUUGACCCUCUGUUUAUUGUUAAUCUUCACCAUUGUAUACUUCAGCAUCUGGAAAGGGGUCAAAACAUCUGGCAAGGUGGUAUGGGUGACUGCCACAUUCCCUUACGUCAUACUCUUUAUCCUGCUAGUGAGAGGUGCGACUUUGCCUGGGGCUUGGAGAGGUGUCCUCUACUACUUAAAACCUGACUGGCAGAAACUCCUGGCCACUGAGGUUUGGGUGGAUGCAGCAGCUCAGAUUUUUUUCUCCCUUGGUCCAGGUUUUGGUGUCCUAUUGGCUUAUGCCAGCUACAACAAAUUCCAUAACAACUGCUACCAAGAUGCUCUGGUUACCAGUACCGUGAACUGUGUGACUAGUUUUGUGUCUGGAUUUGUCAUUUUCACUGUGCUGGGAUACAUGGCUGAGAUGAGGAAUGAAGAUGUAUCAGAGGUUGCCAAAGAUACUGGACCCAGCCUUCUCUUCAUUACGUAUGCUGAGGCCAUUGCAAACAUGCCUGCUUCCACUUUCUUUGCCAUCAUCUUUUUCCUGAUGUUACUCACGCUGGGAUUAGACAGCACGUUUGCAGGGCUAGAGGGAGUGAUUACUGGAGUACUGGAUGAAUUCCCGCAUGUCUGGAGCAAACGCAGGGAAUUGUUUGUCCUUGGUCUGACCAUCGUUUGCUUUUUGGGGUCAUUAGCAACCCUGACAUUUGGAGGUGCGUAUGUGGUAAAGCUGUUUGAAGAAUACGCCACUGGUCCAGCUGUCCUAACAGUCGUGUUUCUGGAAGCAGUUGCUGUGGCCUGGUUCUACGGCAUCACCCAGUUUUGCAAUGAUGUGAAAGAAAUGCUAGGCUUUACCCCAGGCUGGUACUGGCGAGUUUGCUGGGUAGCAAUUAGUCCCAUCUUCCUUCUGUUUGUCACUUGCAGCUUUCUGUCCAAUCCUCCUGAGCUACGGCUUUUUGAUUAUAAUUAUCCCUACUGGACUACAGUAGUGGGUUAUUGCAUAGGAACUUCUUCAGUCAUGUGUAUUCCAAUCUACAUGGUUUAUCGGUUGAUCAUCACUCCAGGAACACUUAAGGAGCGUGUUCUGAAAAGCAUUACUCCAGAAACAGCUACAGAAAUUCCUUUUGGAGACAUCCGCAUGAAUGCAGUAUAAGCUGACCUGUUUUCUGCGGGGAAGAGAGGGAGAGCAUAAAAUAUAACUUUCUCCACACUCUCCCACCCAAAGAAUUACGUUUCCAGCUGAGACAACAAAGGGAGGAGUUUUCUGUGGAGGUUGCAUCACUGACAACAGGCAUUUGGAAACGUGAUGCCUCCAGCACAUUUAUCCAAGCAAUUCAAUGAAAUCUACUGUGCACUUCUAACCAGACUGAACUGACUGAGAACUAAUUCGUUCUGGAAACAUGAGGAUGGCUGUGUGCAUGAGAAUACCACUACUCCAUGCACGGGCACUGGGGCUGUCUGAAAGUGUGCAUGAUUGCAUAAGCCACUAUAGUACGAGUAUCAGCGGGUAGGACUAGGUGUAGAAUCCCAAGUCUGUGGCAGUACUCCUGUAUCUUCCUCAAUGUGAUCGUUCGUACUGGGCAAUGUCAUAUUCGCUUCUAAGGUUCUAAUUGCUUAAACUACAUUGAAAAACACAAAAAUAUUUCUGAUAGCCAUACAUUACUCAAGCAACACAGGGUUUUAUAAACUAGAAAAAAAAUUAGUAAAUUCCCUAGGUUUGUAGUAGAGUAGACAGAGGAAGAGGAAACAAUCCUGAGCAGCACUAUAUACAGCUCUGCAUACAUUAGCACACGCAUCUGAUAGCAUUAUCCUCCCUUUCCUGCAUUUUGUAGAUGGUAACAGUUUCUACUGUUUCUUGCAUAACAAAUACUACAAAAGCAUUUUUUGUAAUGUUGUAGCCUUCACUUUCCUUUAGACCCAAUUAAGCUGCAAAAACUCAUCAUGGGUUACUUGACAAGAACCUAAGUUGCUGGCACUUACUAUACUGUUUUCAUAACUAAUCUAAAUAUUCACAAAAUCAUUGUCCUGACAGACCUAACACUUACACGUAAAGAAACUACAGACCAGCAAUGAAUUUUUGAGUUCUGAUGCCAAAAAGUGGAAUCUUAAAAAUCUGCUUCUCUGCUUUUUGUUUUUUAUUUAAAUUUAAGUUCAUGGCUAAAAUUUGCUGCAGCCUGUGACUUUUUCUAUUCUUUCCUAGUACAGAACUAAAGUUUAGAAUAAUCCUUUUGGCUGGUUGACAAACGUACAUUUAACAAACUAUAAAAACCUACUUUGAAGAUUUAUUAACUCAUAUUCUAAUGUGAGCACAUUUGGUUUUCACCCUGAAGAAGAAAAGGAGGGGAAAUUUUAUUCUAACAAGAAGUUGAGUGAAGUUCAGCAGGAUUGAUUCUCAUCAGAACUAUUAUAUUAAAUUUCAAGGCAUUGAUAUACAAAUGAACUUCCAUGCACACACUAACCUCUUUAUAUUAUAUGCAUACACAUGCUCUCCAAAUGUAACUGCCCUUCAGACUGACUGCAGUUGUCAAGUCAGUUGGAGGAAUAAUUCUGCUGCAGUUACGUGGAAGUUCAGAUAAACCUAAGUAAGCAUAAUUUAUGUAAGAACUUGCAUUGUAUUUUUACUCUACCACAUCCUAGAUUAUAACAAAAGUAAAAUAAAAUAGAGGAUAAAAGUCUCUUUUGUAUCUCAUAGUCUACGUAGGUAAUGUACUGCUAAAAUUAACAAGGUUAUAUACGCAUUCAUAGCAGCAGGCAUUAAGAAACCUGUUGAAGAGUUUACAUCAGUAUGAAGAACUUACCAUAUUAGAGGAAAGCAGUGACGGUGGAUUUGCCUUUUGAAAUCACUUCUGCCAAGGUUUUUCUCCCUUAGGUGUGCAGACACCUCCUGGAGGAAGGCCUCUUACACUUCAGCUAUUGACUUGAGUUUACUUAACUUUAGGUCUCAAGCCCAGCUUCUAAUAAGGAAAUAACUUAAAAGGGACAAGGACUGUUAUUUCGAACUACAAAUAAAAAGACUCCUGAACUAUUUUUAAAAGGGGAAUGUUCUUUCAUUGCCACUAGAAAAACAUAAUAAAUCUGUCUUACUGGACAGUUACUCACAAGAAAUAGUUUUGUAGCUUAUCCCUCAAGUAUAUUUGAAAACUACUUCCAAAACUGGCUUCAUUGUAAGGAAAAGAGGAACAGUUUGGGAAUUCUUUUAAUAUUAGAAAACCACUUAGUUAUUAAGUUGCCAAUCAGAAAAUCACUGAUUUUUUUUUUUAAAUUAAAUUUUCUGUUGUGAGUUCAUUAAUGAAAAAAUACAUAUGAAAUGUCAAUGUAAGAUUAAUGAGGUACUCGUAUCUAUCCAAUAUCAAAGUGUGGGAAAUAAAGGAGAAAACCCUACCCUGCUUCUUCACUCUUCAGACUAGUGUUCAGCUAAUGCUAGAUAUGCUUCCUCCUAAAUGGAUAAGUAUUUAAAUAGAUAAACCUUACAAAUGGAUUUUUUUUUUGCCAGACUUGAUAGUGUUUCAUGCUAGGCUCAUUAAACAAAACAAAAAAAGAAAACCCCACACACCCCUCAAACCAACACAAAACUUACAGUUCCAAUUUUUGGUCAUUUAAGUAUAGCCACUUGCAAAAGCCUCUUUAAACAGAAAUUCUACUACCUUUUAUUGGAAAGGGUGAAGGUAGGAAAAGAAAUGAUUGAGUUAAAUAUGGCAUUAUCUGUAUCAAAGUCAAAGUUUCUCUUCAGCCCUUGCAAACAAACUGAAACUGAGAACGUUAUUUCUAAUGGAAUAAUUUGCAGAGUUGUAACUGCAGAAAUCACUGCUAUUUAGUGUGCAACACUACUGUUGUUAUUCUUUUAUAACAGCAUUUGAAAUGGCAACAAAAGAUGCAUCUUUCAUUUGUAUUUUUUUAAGACACUAAUAUACGACAUUGUCUCUCUGGGUGGUUUUAGCACAGAAUGCUCAGCAACUUCCCAAGAAAUGCCACUGUUUUCUAGUGGAUUAAAAGUCAACCAAGAAGCCCUGAUAUUAAUAGAAGCCCUGCAACAGUCACAGUGCAAAACAGGGCAAGGCCCCUCAGCUUGAAUUUCUCAGCUGAAAAAUGAGAAUAAUGCACUCCAAGUACAGAUGUACUGAGAAAGGGUGAAAGUUUUUAAAAUUAUUUGAAGAUAUAAAACGCAAUGUAGACAUGCAAAGUCACAGGAAAAAUAUUUUUAGAAAUAGACUGUCCAGAUCAUUUGUGAUGUUAGACCUUUGCUCUCUUUUCACUAGGAUAAUCCAGUCUGAGGUCUUUAUGGGAACAGGAGGCAAGGAAGCCCUCCAGAAGUGGAUUAAAAAGGCUUUUUUUUCCCUGAAUAAUACAAAGAUAAAAUAUAUCCAUGUUUUCAUUCUAUAAAAGCUGAACUUGCAGGGCAGUUCAGUCCUCAUUAUUUUUUUUGUUACAUGGCAUGCUGGUUUCAAGUUUUCUAAAUCUUCUCAUGAUAAGUUCAUUUUUUAGUAUCUCUAUUUAGCCAAGUGGUUGAAAUAUUGAAAAAUUUAUUUCAUUUAUUUAUUAUCAUUGAUUCUUUUUUUCUUCCUUUUACAUAUCCAUCUGAAAACAUUUAGAGUAACCAGUAUUUAUCAGGUAGCUCAACAAGUAGCCAUACAUUAAACACUGUUUUUGUAAAAAAGCUAGUUAUAUUGAUACCAAAUGGGCUGCACUGCAAUUAAAAGUGUUUUGAGGCAAACAAAUUCCUUCUCUUCAGCUCACUUUCUGCUUAUCUAUCACAUGAGUAUAUCCUACCCUCUAUUCUGAAUAGUGAAAAGGAAAUUAUGAAACCGGUAAAUUAGGACCAUGUUUGCCUUUUAAGCAAAGGGAAUUAAACUGGAGUUUUAGCUGUACAGAACUAAGUAUUCCCUCCAACUUGUACAUAAUGAACCUGUAUUAAUUUAUGCGGUUGUUUAGUUACAAGUGUUGCAAGCUGAUUGUAAGUCAUCAGUAUGUGCCUUGUACUGUAAACUGUUAUUGUAAUAAAUUUAAUAUUCAUAAGCCA